AUGUCACUGUGUUCUUUGGCCUUUGUCCUCUUCUUGGCUGCUGUUGCUGGUAUCAAGUGCAAUGGGACAGAAGUGUGUGCCGGAAGUCCUGGGAUCCCCGGCACUCCUGGAAACCAUGGCAUGCCUGGCAGAGAUGGGAGAGAUGGUAUCAAAGGUGACCCUGGACUUCCAGGUCCAAUGGGCCCCCCUGGAGGAAUGCCAGGUCUUCCUGGGCGUGAUGGGAUGCCUGGAGCCCCGGGUGCCCCUGGAGAACGUGGAGACAAGGGAGAGCCCGGAGAGAGGGGUCUUCCAGGAUUUCCAGCUUACCAGGAUGAGGAACUGCAGACCGAUCUCCUUGAGAUCAGACAUAAGAUGCAUCAAAUGAUGGGAGUCCUCAGCUUGCAAGGAUCCAUGUUGUCCGUAGGAGAGAAAGUCUUCUCCACCAAUGGACAGUCAGCCAACUUUGAUACCAUUAGAGAGACAUGUACCAGAGCAGGUGGCAGCAUUGCUACACCAAGGAGCCCAGAGGAGAACGAGGCCAUAUCAAGCAUCGUGACCAAGUACAACAUCUAUGCCUACUUGGGCAUGGUUGAAGACAAGAUCCCCGGAGAGUUCCAAUACCUGGAUGGGACUUCUGUGAACUACACCAACUGGUACCCGGGAGAGCCCAGGGGUACUGGCAAAGAGAAGUGUGUAGAGAUGUAUACAGAUGGGAAAUGGAAUGAUAAGGGCUGCCUGCAGUACCGCCUGGCCAUUUGUGAAUUUUGA